AGCGGACGCGGCCGCUUUAAGGCGCGGUGACCCCACGGCACCCGCGGGCGGGGCGGGGACAGUGCGGGCUUCCGCGGCACCAGCGGAGGCGAAUGCGAGGGAGAGAGUGCGCGGCGUCCGGCCCCAGCAUGCUGACCGCGUUCGCCCCGCCAACCCUGCCCGGGCUCCCAGGGCGGCUGCCCGCCGCCCCCGCGCGGCGCCAGGACUCCUCCAGUUCGUCAGGCUCCUACCACACGGCUCCGGGUUCUCCAGAGCCCCCGGACGUUGGGCCGGACGCGGAGGGCAGGGCGAAUUGGCCCACGGUGGCCCCUGUGCUGGGGGAGGGCGCGCAGCCUCGCCUGUCCGUCAGCGCCCAGAAUAGCCGCCAGCAGCUCGGGCCCGGCUCGGGUUUCCCGCGAGGCCCGGCCUCGGGCCCGCGGCCACCCCAGCCCCAGCUGCGCAUGCUGCCGUCGGGGGAGAUGGAAGUCAUCUUCGGCGCCGGGCCCCUGUUCAGCCGUUCCGACGCGGAGGAUAGCGAGGUGCAACAGCUCACGACGCGGACCUUCCGCAGCCUCUCUCCGCCCGGCUCCGCGUCUCCCAUCCCUGCCGAACCGCAGCCCCAGGGCCCCGACGGUGGCUCCCGCUGGGCCACCUACCUGCAGCUGCGACCCCGCGGGCCGAGCCCUGCCACCCCAGCGCAGUUCGAGUGUGUGGAGGUGGCGCUGGAGGAGCGUGCCGCGCCUGCCAGGCCCCGGACGGUGCCCAAACGUCAGAUCGAGCUGCGCCCCCGGCCCCGGAGUCCCCCACGGGAGGCCAGCGCGCCGCCCCCGCGACUGUUCCUGCGCACCGGCUCCCUGGACGAGUCUCUGGGCCGCCUGCAGGCUGCCGCGGACCUCGUGCAGACGGCGCUGGCCAGAAAACUGAGUCCCGCGACCCCUGCCCCAAGCAGCGCCACCUUCGGACCCACGGUACCGCCAGAGCCUGCGACCCCGGAAACGCCCCGCAGUACUCGAGUGGCCCUGGAGGAGGCCAGGUCUCGGCCACCUCGUGUGCAUUAUAGUUCAGCCCCCGCCAGGGCCCCACGACCGUGGCCUAGCCUCCGUGAGCGCGCAAUUCGGCGCGACAAGCCCGCGCCCGGGACCGAGCCGCUGGGUCCAGUUAGUUCCAGCAUCUUCCUGCAGUCUGGGGAGAAGAUCCAGGAGGCGCACUACCAGGAACCCAAGACUCGGUUCCCGCGAGAGACUCCGGAUCGAACCGUCCUGAGGGCACAGAGUCCUUCUUCCCAGUCUAGGGCCCCCCGGGAGGUUUCGAGUAAGGCUGUGAGACCGAGGAGCCCAUCCCCGCUGUGGCAAGCUCCAAAUGGGACCGUGCGGGGUCCUCGUUGCCCCUCGCCCCAGAACCUGUCCCCGUGGAAUAGGGCUAUCCGGAAGGUGAGUAGCCCGUCGCUCCCCGAGGCAUCCUCCGCAUGGGGAAAUCAGGAUGCUGCUGUCACUGAAACUGUCAGCAGAAAGAGCCCUUCCCCUCCGACCCUUUCCCAGUGGAAUCAGGGUGUUGCCAGUGCAAGAAGCCCAUCCCCCGAAGCUCCUUCCUCGUGGGAGGUUCCGCAUGCGGCAGGUGGGGAUACAGUUGAGGGGAGUAGGAGCCCGUCUCCGCCAACCUUGUCCUCAUGGGAGACUCCAGAUCGUCCUACUGGGACGUGGAGCCCAUCGCCCCAAGAGACGUGGGACUCCACAGUGCAGAGCUCAGCGGUAGUGUCUACGCGGGAAGCUAUGAAUGGCGUAGCCCAGGAGGAACUGGUGCCACCCACGCCAUCUGCACCCGAGACUCCAGAGCUAACAGAGGCGCAGAGUCCGUCCACGCGGGAGAUGCCGGAUCUUGCCUUCCGAGGCAGCCAGCUGUCGCCAGCGGUGGCUGCACCCCAGCUGCCCCUCAGUCGCCUCGUGGGCACCCUGGAUGCCGAUGCGCGCCCGGAAGCCUUGGGCUCUGGAGAAGCGGCCUCGGGACGCCCGCGCGUGGCCAUUCCGCGGCCCCGCGACGUGCGCAAGAUGGUGAAGACCACAUACGCGCCAAGCUUCCCGGCAAGCACCCCAGGCUCAGGGCUGCCUGCGCCUCCUGCGGAACCCCGCGGGGAGGAAGGCGGCGCAUCCAAGACACAAGAGCUGCAGGCACCAGGGGCCCCCGCCCCGGCUCACUACACUUCCGUUUUUCUCAAGGACUUUCUGCCGGUCGUGCCACACCCCUACGAGACCCCAGAGCCAACCCCAGACACAGUCCCCCGGGACGUUACGCAGCCCAACGGGGUCCUGCGGCGGAGGGCAGAGAACAGCACGGCGAAACCCUUCGCGCGCACUGAGAUCCGCCUGCCUGGUGCCUUGGCCUUAGGCCGCCGGCCGGAGGGAACCCAGGGAGUUGUGGUGCGCGGUCCUGGCGGAAAGAACAGGGAUGCAGAGCCCCAGCGCCUGGUCCCCGACGACAAGGGUCGUACCAGCCCUCUAGGCGGCGCUCGCACAUCACCCCAGAAGUCGCCGAUAGGGCCGACAGGGACCCAACCUCCCGGACCGCCCCGCCCCAGCUCCCCGCAGGCGCACCCUAACUCGAGCCCUGGAAUAGCACCGAAACAGGAGACGCCGCCUAUGGCCCCUGAGCCCGCGAUUGCGGUCCAGUCGCCCCUCCCGCGGGAGCCCCAGGCGUCCGCUGGCAGAGCGGCCCCGCCCCAGGCCCGCGCCGCCUCGGCGCCUCCCAUGGACCGGUCCCCGGAAGGCCCCUCCCAGGGGGCGCGCAGGCCGCCCGGGGCCGCGCACCCGGGGAAGGUCCUGGUGGACCCAGAGAGCGGCCGCUACUACUUUGUGGAGGCGCCGAGGCAGCCUCGGCUGCGGCUGCUCUUCGACCCCGAGAGCGGGCAGUACGUGGAGGUGCUGCUGCCACCCUCGCCCUCGGUGCCACCCCGCCGCGUCUACACCCCGCUGGCCCUGGGCCCCGGCCUCUACCCGCCUGGCUAUGGGCCUAUCCCUGGCCUCUCACUGCCACCAUCCCCGGGUCCGCCGGCCUUCAGCGGCCCCCAGCUACCCUGGGCCUCCGAGGCGGGGCCCCUGGACGGGAUGUACUACCUGCCAGUGAGCGGGACCCCCAGCCCCGCGCCUCCUCUGCUCCUCUGUGCUCCACCCUCCAGCUUGGGUCCCGCCCAGCCGAGCAAGGGCUCCUUGUUCCCCGUGUGAGGCCCCAGGGCCUGAUCCCCAUGGUGUUGGGGCCCAUUAAUGGCCUUGGAGGUUCUGGCAUCCAGUCCUGUGCCCUCUUUUCCUUCUUUCACCUCUUUCUUUUACCCAUCUCAUGCAGUCUUCAGACCAGAAGUUACCUUCAGAGUGCUUAUCUGAGACCCCCAGCGCUGAUGGAGCUGGAGCUCAGGAAAUGGCUGCCUGUUUCCUCCCCCCGACAAAAUCGUAUACCCCUUUCCCAAGCAUUCCCAGAGUGUGGUGUGUUGGAGGGCUGUGUGUGUGUGUGUUGUGGGAUGAAAAAAAUGCAGAACGUGAGAGUUGUGAGUUAAGUUUUAUUUGGGGCAAAAUGAAAACUAUAAGCUUGGGAGACAGCCUCUCAGCACUGAGGAACUGCUCUGAAGAGGUGGGCCCAGCAGAGGUGGAGCAGGCUAGUGAGCACUGAUGGGAUGAAGAGAGAAAGACACUGGCUAUCAAAUCUGUUACUCUUUGCAAGAGGAUCUGAGCCUUGGCCUGGGAGGCUGCAGGGGAGAGUGGCUAGUGCAGGCCCUAGGUGAGUCUCAUCUGAGAGAGGGAGCUGCGGGGACAGGUGGUGGAGGUGGAGAGGGAAGUAAUACGGGAGGGGCUCUGGAGGGUCAGCCCAGGACUUGGGGUGGGGGGACUGCGGGGAAGGUGGGGAGGUGACUGUAGUCUCCAGCUGGGAGUACCGCCCCUCAUUCUCCCCUCAACCCCAGCCUCUGACUUGGCUUGUCUUAAGCCCUCAGAGCUGAACUGGCUGGUCCUGGGGUUAGGAGUGGAGGUUCCAGCCAUUCCUACCGAGGGUGGGGGACAGAUGAGUGCGUCGUCAGGAAAGACUUAAAAGCAAGGAGGAUGGUUGAGCUGUUGUCCCAGAGGAGACUCUUGAUCUCUCUGGGUGGGGUGGAGGGUGGGUUAGGGCUGGCAAAAGAAGGGAUGCCCCUGUGAGGAGCCCUCAUCUGGUUCCACUGCCCUGGUAACAGGUGUGGCAACCAUACCUAGGGAGGGGCUGGCUCUGCAGGCUGGCCACAGCAUAGGAAGGGACAGGACCCAGGGCCUGUGUUCCAAUUGCCUUGAGAUUCCAGGAGCUUCUGAGGAGAGCAGAAGGAGAUGCAUGGUGUGGGAGGUGCUCUGCGUGGGGGUCUGUGUAGAGUUCUGAGUGAAGUGGCUGGGCCUUGCGGGACUGGUAUGUGAUGUGAUGAGUUUGGGGAAGAACAGUUACCAUUAGAAGCAGUGUCAGGGAUGGAGAUCAAUGCCUUCCUUAAGUUCCAGGCCUCUGGGGGGCCUGGAUCCCUUGGAGUCACUGCCCCCUUGCCUUGAACUGGAAGCUGACUGAGAGAACUAUGAGUCAGAAUAACCUGGACAUCUUUCUGUGGCUGGAGAUGCUGGUCCUGAUGGCAAGGAGGGCCCUGGGCCACUCCUGGGCCCCUCACCGCAUUGUGGUGUGCAAUAAAUUGCUGACCCAAUGGCCACUAUGGCUGGAACAA